AUCACAGAGGGUAACUCAAUACACGCGGCAAAAGUUUAUUUUAUAAUAUUUGAGUAGUGAUGAAGCAUUGAUAAGGCAAAUUAACGCAGUUUUGUCGAUUAAGCCCGCGAAGACUUUUUACUGAACUGAUAAGUGAGCAGUGAGAAGUAUUCUAUUAAAACAGCAAAAGUUUCCGAUCUCUUAAAAAGAUUUUAGGGAACAUGUAUCAGACGAAGGCGAUGAAUUCUCACAGUAUUGAAGGGAUCCUCGGUACGUCUAGAGUGAUGGGAGAGAGCGGACUGCCGUCAUAUCUUCCACAGAACGCACCAUAUAACUACAGCAGCAAACAAGUUUCAGAUGAAACCUCUCACGAUAUUUUGAGUCUGGCAGCCUCUAUUUCUAAGGCGAAUGUCGUGGAAAGACCCCGACCUACCACCAACGCAGACAGAAGACAGAAGUCACCGACCAUUGCCAACGUCGCUCCAGUCACCCCCAGUAAAAUGUACACGACAUCGGCUUCGCCGACGCAAUCCCGCACGUCUUCUCUACCGCAAUCGUCCUCCACUGCGCUGAUGAAGGCAACUCAACCACACGCAGUGAAGGAGACAGAAGGAAGCGAUGAGCCAAAGAAGAAAAAGACAAGGUACAGGACGACUUUCACAGCCUACCAGUUGGAGGAAAUGGAGAGGGCGUUCGAGCGCGCCCCCUAUCCCGACGUGUUUGCCCGGGAAGAUCUCGCAAUUAGAAUCGGCCUCAGCGAGUCUCGAGUGCAGGUAUGGUUUCAAAACAGAAGAGCAAAAUGGCGUAAAAAGGAAACGCCAAAGAAAACUAUUAACUACAGCACAGCGCUGACCUCCAUCUCUCAAAGCCCGUAUUCAGCAAACUACCCUGCCUCCACGGACCGGUGGCCCGUCAUGCCUGCUUACGACCCUCUUCAGCAGAUGAACUCCCGGCUUCCCUACAUGGCCAUGCAGUAUUAUCCCGUCUCGCCGACCGCAACUGGGAACGUGACGUCAUCAAAUGGAAGUCACGAGUUGUUCAUGACGUCAGGGUACUCCCCUACGUCACAAGACGCCGCGUACUCCCACCUGAAUUGUGCUUCCUUGGACCUGCGCACUGGCUAUGAUUUGAUGGGGAAAGAGAUGAAACUGAACGGGAAAGACACUCUCUCUUUACAUUAUUAACAUUCACUUUUUUCAGAGUCAUAAUUUUACUGCUCGAUGUGUACAUUUAUUUAUGAAAAAAAAAAUCGGAGAAUUAGAUCAAAAAGUGAAUAAGAAGUACUGAGCUCAUAUAUAUAUAUUUAUGCAUCAGAUAGAUCAAUUUUUAUGAGAAGCAAUAAGAAAUAUUCAGUGGAAAUAUUUUCAGAACGAUUUUAUUUCAUUUUUAUGUGCGCUGUUUUGCAUAACUACAAUAUGUACAGUGUAUUAAAGCCGACAUGAAAAAUGGAUAAGGGAGAAACAGAGAAAAGACAUGGACGACUUGGUCAAAACCCAGGUCGAUUUUACAUUUAAUAUAUACGUUAAUUUUCUUCAUAUCGGCUGUUUAUUGUUGUUUCAACAAGAUAAAACUGGUCAAACAGCUCCUGUGCAAUUUUCUUAAAGGAGGUAGGGAAGACAAGACAAGAGACACCUUAAUGGCAGCGGGAACAUCAUGCUUUUCAAGAUGUCGCCUUAGCAAAAGAGAAUUGCUCAAUUUGAGAAAGCUUUUUUGUGAAUUUUUGUUUCUCUUAACCCCUCCCCCGCCCUUUUCAUUACUUGGAUCCGCCAGUGCAGUGUAAAAUUUUGUUUCAUAAGAAUAGAGUUAGGAUAUUUUGCGGCAACUGGCAGUGCCGUGACUCAAUUUUCUCUUUGCUUCUGCUAGCAUAUA